UUCCUUUAUCCCCUCCCUUCUUUCGGCUCUGAGGAGAAGGAAGGCGGGAAAUCCAGUCACCGGAAGGAGCUUUCCGAGUCUUUCGCCUCAGCGUUCGUAUUUGGCAGCUCACUUUUUCUUUCCUGAAGAUGUCUCGCGGGCGGGAGCGGGUGGUGGCGUUGGCCGACAUGGACUGCUUCUACAUCCAAGUGGAGCAGCGCCUGGAGCCCAGCCUGCGCGGGAAGCCCUGCGUCGUGGCCCAGUACAAGACCUGGAAGGGCGGCGGGAUAAUUGCUGUGAGCUAUGAAGCUCGUGCUUUUGGAGUUACCAGGAACAUGUGGGCUGCUGAUGCCAAGAAGCUGUGCCCAGAUCUCCAGUUGGCUCGAGUGCCAGAGGCCCAUGGUAAAGCAGACCUCACCAGGUAUCGAGAGGCAAGCGUGGAAGUGAUGGAAGUGAUGUCUCGCUUUGCUGUGAUUGAGCGUGCCAGCAUUGAUGAGGCCUAUAUGGACUUAACUAGUGCUGUACAUGAAAGGCUUCAAAAGAUGAGGGGACAGCCUAUUGUAGCAGAACAGUUGGCCACUACCUAUAUUCAAGGAUUCCCAGACAGCUUUGCAUUAGAAGGGACUACAGAUAACAAAGAAGAGUGGCGGCUACAUGGUUUGCGCCAGUGGCUUGAGUCACUGCCUUUUGAAGAUCUUAGUAACCCAGAGCUGCAGCUAACAGUGGGAGCAGUCAUUAUGGAAGAAAUGAGGGCAGCUGUGGAAUCUGCCACCGGAUUUAGGUGUUCUGUUGGAAUUUCUCAUAACAAGGUCUUAGCAAAACUGGCUUGUGGCCUCAACAAACCUAAUCGUCAGACUCUGGUGUCACAGGGGUCUGUCCCUCAGCUCUUCAGCAAGAUGCCAAUUGGAAACAUCCGCAACCUUGGAGGGAAGCUGGGUGCUUCUGUCACUGAACUUCUUGGUGUGGAAUAUGUGGGACAGCUGAUCCAGUUCAGUGAAUUACAGCUUCAGAUGCAUUUUGGAGAUAAGACUGGCUCCUGGUUGUAUGACUUGUGCAGAGGGAUUGAGCAUGAACCUGUGAAACCUAGACAGCUGCCAAAAUCCAUUGGCUGUAGUAAGAACUUCCGUGGAAGAGAAGCUUUGGUUACACAAAAGCAGGUACAACACUGGCUUCUGCAGCUGGCCUUGGAGCUGGAGGAGAGACUGAACAAGGACAGAGAUCAAAAUAAUAGGACAGCUAAACAACUGAGUAUUGGGAUUCGUAUGCAGGGUUCCAAAAAUCCCAGUGGCCUGUCUCGCUGCUGUGCGUUAUCUCAGUAUGAUGCCCACAAAAUCAGUCAAGAUGCCUUUGCAGUAAUCCAGAACUGCAAUGCUGCAGGAGGCCUGCAGGCUGCAUGGUCUCCACCAGUCACACUGCUUCAGCUCUCGGCAACCAAAUUUGUAGAGGAGAUGACAUCUUCUGGGGAUAUUACUGCCUUCUUAAGUAAUGAUAGCCAGUAUUCCCAGCCCACCAGCAUCAGUGCAGACAGCCCAAAUGCCCGAUCCCUUGGAAGCCCCAAAAAGGAGACAAAUAAGACCACAAACACUAUUCAGAUGCUGUUUCAAAAGGCAGCAGAAAGGAAACAAGCCCAAGUGGCAGCCGGGUCCUCUCUUCCUGGUGUCACUAAUGAAAGGGCAGUGCAAUCAGCUGAAGAAUCUGCUGACUUCCCUGAUGAAGGAUUUAUCUGUGCCAGCAACCAGACUCCACAAAAACCAGUGGAACAAAAUAUCAGCAAUAACAAACAAAACUUUGUGCCAGAACAGUUGAGCCUAGAACAGUCUUUGCCCAUCUCUGAAGCAGGCCCUUUGAUUUGUCCUGGUUACACAGUACCUUUGGAAAUAGCAACAUCUGAAGCCUCAUCAGAACUUGAACCACUGAAAGAAAAGACAGUGGGCAAUGAUAGCUCAACUCCUUCCUCCUCAGAUGACUGGAUAUUAUGUGAGAAAUGUAAACAACAGGUUGCAGUGUGGGAGUUCACUGAGCACUUGGACUAUCAUUUUGCUGUGGAACUGCAGAACUCUUUCUCGGGAUCCAGCUCCUUCAAGCCACCUGCACCAGUUGGCAGCUUUCUGGCAAAAGGCAAAAACAAACCCAGGCCACAUGCAGCCUCUAGUGCCAAACGGCCAAGGCAGGACACAGUCAGGACGUUGGAUACCUUUUUUAAGCGGAAGCCUCCUUAAAUGGCAGUCCACUUGAGCAACUGGCAAUCUAUUUCCGAGAACAAAAGUGCAAAUUUCCUAAUAAACUAUGCUUAAUAAAUUCUGCAAGGAACUGAUGGUGUUGUGGGGAAAAGAAAGCUUUCAUAACAGACUUAAAUGUAAUUGUUUCUUCUGUAUCAAGAUGCUACUGAAAGGGUACAGCCAAUUGUGAUGGCAUUAGUGGCAAUGUAUGUAGGGAUCACAAGCAUUUUUGUGCAAAUGCUUCUUGGAUUAUUAGAUCAGCUGCACGAAUUGUAAAACUCUGCUUAAAAUCACUAUGUGAUAUGAUAUGGGCUGUUUGGUACUUUGUAAAAAGUGUCCAAUCAUUUUGCCAUUGAACCUGUCACAUUGAACAGGUUGUCUAGAUGGUUCUCAGCAUGUGAUUGUUAACUGGGAUUAAAACCAGAGAAAAAAUUGGGGGGGAUGGGGGAUGACGACACAUACAGACAGUCCCUGAGUUACAAAAAUCUCAUUUACAAAUGACUCAUAGUUAAGAAUGGGGAUGAGACAACAGGAAGUGAGAGAAAUCUAUCCCUAGGAAGAGAAAAUCACUUCUGAAAGACUUACCAUGGGGAAAAGGUAUCUCAACUGAAGCUUUAUCACCAAUCCUUGUUUCAACAAGCCAGAUUUUUCAAAAUCCAGUUAUCACAGGGACAGAAAGUGAGGUGAAAUCUUCUGACAGACAGCAAAACAAACACCGGAGGGGUGUUAACUUUUCCCUAUGCUAUUCAGAGCACACACACGUGCGCGCACACACACACACAUAUACACACACAUAAUAUGGCUGGAGUUGAUUUAUACAUGAGGUUGGCUUAUGCAUGUGAAUAUACCUUAUUUACUCGAGUCUAAUGCACCAUCGGAUCUAAUGCGCACCUGUUUUUGUAACCCUGAAACCAAAAAAGCUAUUUACUGGUGAAUGUAAAGCACAGUGGCAAAAACUGCACUCUGUCAUUUGGACAAAAGUGCACAUUACAGUGGCUGCUUGCUUAGAAUUCCUUCUUUAAAAAUAAGCGUGUUCAGACACCAAAGCUUCCAGCAAUGGAAAACUAAGCCUUGGGGUGCAUCUAUGCUGUAGAAUGAAUCCACUUUAACUGCUCUAGCUCAGUGGGGCUGUAGUUUGGGAUCAUGAUGGCUGCCAAAGAAUGCUGAAGCCUCGUCAAACUACAAAUCCCAGCAUUCCAUAGCAUUGAGCCAUGGCCAUUAAAUUGGAGAUGAUGUCCCUCAAACAGGAGCUCCAAAUGCUCCUGAAGCGGCCUCUUCUUUUGCUUUUGCUCAGCACUAAGAUUUACCAUAUUACUCAAAUCUAAUGUGCACCCUAAUUUUCAGCAGGUAAUUUCAUCAAAAAAGGUGAACAUUAGAUUCAAGUAAAUAAAGUACUGUAUGUACGGACUGCACAGCAAAGAUUUCAAGUGAUUCAGAAUGGUAGCUUGGACUUUCUGCAUGGAGAGCACUUCAGAGUGAAUCCUCAUGCAGAUGGGUUUCCACCAUGAGUGUACGCUGUGGUCACUUGCAGAUUAGAAUAAAUUAUUGGAAUCAA